AUGGUUGAUUUUCAGUUCGGUCCUUUCGAGCGGUUAUCAAUGUCUGAUACAUAUUCGAAACCAUUCUCCAUCUCCAAGGAAGAUAAUCAAUUCCGCGUGUUCUAUGACGACAUUGUGUUAAAGGAUCCAACUACACGGUUGGAACCGCACCUCUGUCGUCACACCCCUCUUUAUCUCCCUCCACUACUGUUCAGUCGGUCGGAUGUUCCAUUUCUGUACAACUUUGCCCCCCGCUAUCGUUCCUCUGAAUAUGUGGAACUAGAAGAAAAGUCCCAACGUCUUCCAGUCGCCCGAAAGGCCCGACCAUCCUAUGGCUCGUUUGUGAAGUUGAAUCAACCAACUCCGAUGGAACCAAAUCCUCUGGCACUGCAACGCAUUCAUAGGCUGGGAUCCAUGGUGGUACAGACAUUCGAGUUUGUUACUGAGGUGUGUCUCAUCUCCCUUUUUUGUUACCUUCCAUUUGUCUUGUAUAGUUAA